UGAACCGGACUCAAGCAAUUUUAAGCGACUAAGGAACACUCUCUCUGGAAAACCAAGAAGACACCAGUAAACGCGGGGGCUACGAUCCAAUCCGACACGAGAUCCGAAACGAUCCGCGAUCCGAUACGAUCCGUCGAUGCAGUGAUGAGAGGGUCCAAGAUCUCGUCGUCGUCUUCUUUGCUUCAGCGGCCGACGGCCGUCCUCCUCCUCGGCGCCGCCUUAGUCUUCACCGUCAUCCUCGUCUCCAUCCAGUCCUCCCUUUUCACCCGAAACCGCAGCAGCUCUGAUCUCAACAGCGAGGAUGUACGGAUCCUGUCGCAUUUCCAAUCUCGAGUUCAGCAAUGCGUGGCAAACAGAGGACUCGGUCUGACUGCAGAUAUCAUUGAUCACUGCAAAUUGGUGCUCAAAUUUCCACCUGGCACAAACAGUACCUGGUAUAAUGCACAAUUUAAAAUUUUUGAGCCGCUAGAAUACCAUUAUGAUGUUUGUGAGGCCAUCCUAUUGUGGGAACAGUACCGCAAUAUGACAACAGUCUUAACAAGAGAAUAUCUAGAUGUCAGACCAGAUGGAUGGUUAGACUAUGCUGCAAAGAGGAUUGCGCAGUUAGGUGCAGAUAAAUGCUACAAUCGUUCCUUGUGUGAGGAGCAUCUUAAUAUGAUUUUACCAUCAAAGCCUCCUUUCCAUCCCCGGCAGUUUAGAACUUGUGCAGUUGUGGGAAACUCAGGAGACCUCCUAAAGACAGAAUUCGGACAAGAGAUUGAUGAACAUGAUGCUGUAUUUCGAGAUAAUGAAGCUCCGGUAAAUGAGAAAUAUGCUAAAUAUGUGGGCCUGAAAAGGGACUUUCGUCUUGUGGUAAGAGGUGCUGCUCGUAAUAUGGCUGCUAUUCUUAAUGGAUCUGAUGAUGAGGUGCUCAUAAUUAAAAGCGUGACCCAUAGAGAUUUUAAUGCAAUGAUAAAGGAGCUUCCAAAUCCUGUGUAUUUAUUCCAAGGCAUAGUGUUACGGAGGGGGGCUAAAGGAACUGGAAUGAAGUCCAUAGAGCUAGCACUUUCCAUGUGUGACAUUGUGAACAUAUAUGGUUUCACUGUGGAUCCUGGCUAUACAGAAUGGACACGCUACUUCUCCACUCCAAGGAAAGGACACAAUCCAUUACAAGGCAGGGCUUAUUAUCAGCUUCUGGAGUGCCUGGGUGUUAUUAGGAUCCAUUCUCCAAUGAGAGCCGAGAGGAAACAAGACUGGUCUGAUGUGCCCAGCAGAGAAGUCAUCAGGAAUGCUCAUGCUGCUGCUUUGAGAUUAAAGAAAAGCUCGUCGAGUGAAGCUAAUGACUUGGGACCCUUUGUCAGCUGUAAGGUAUGGGGUACUGCAAGCAGCAGUGGGCCCAUCUCAGGAUCUUCGGAUAUGAGCGAAACUCGAAAAAAAUCCAACUAUAACAAAUGGGAAGUGAAGCCCUUUGAGAGCUUAAGAAGGGAAGCACAGGAACACUACUUUCAAAUGGGUGGUGUUUCUAUGUACAAGAUGGAUGGAAACAAAUUGGAUGAUCUUGUUUGCGUGAGACAUCCAAUGCCAUCAGAGAAGAUUGAUCAAUAGAAAUGCAUGUUUCUUUGCAUUGAGAAAUUAUUUUCGAUGCUCAGAAAGAAGAGAGGAGGGGUGGAUUAACGGCGGCGUAUUCAUUGUUUGUACCUACACGAGGGAACCUAUUAUCAGGAAAGUUUGUGUUUCAGGUAUCAAUGUCAAUCGAUCUUAUAAUGCGAUGGUUUUAAGAGGGCGCUAUAACACGAUAUUUGUUAUUGUUUUUUUGGCUUUUUACGAGGAUUAUGACCCGUGCCUGUAUGUUCUGACAUCAUAAUGAUACAGAUAAGGUGAUUUUCCGUAUAUCAUUUAGCGAAUAUAUUCUUCUA